AUGGAUACUCGACAGGUCGACAAUUACUCUAUCUCUGAAAGCGCACCUUCUGAAACGAUUGGCGAAUGCUCUGUCUCUGAAAGCAUACGUGCUCGGGAGGUUGAGGACGGCUCUAGCUCUGAAAGCACACAUUCUCAAGAGAUUGCUAGAAAAAUUGACGACUGCCCUGGCUCUGAAAGCAUGCACACCCGAGACAUUGACGAUGACUCUAGCCCAGGUAGCAUGCUAGAUUCUGACGAUGAUCCUAGCUCAGAUAGCACGCUCGAUUCUGACGAUAGUGCUAAGGACCAAAGAAACUGGCGUCAUCGUUCUGGUUACAGUGCUGCUGUCCCGGCUGAAUCGCUAGAUUAUUACGGUCCGGACUUGUUUCAUCCUGUCUAUAUUGGCGAUUUGUACAAGGAAGGGCGGUACCGGAUCGAGCAAAAGCUUGGAUGGGGAUGUUCCUCUACUGUUUGGAGAGCAAGAGACAUCUAUGACAACAAAUUCGUUGCUAUUAAGGUAUUAGCAGCAAGGAUAUCCCAAAGCGACAAUAAGGAAUUGCGAAUCUUGCAGCGAUUCCGCGACAGCUCGCUGGAACAUCUAGGGCGAAAGCAUGUUCUUCAUCUUCUUGAUCACUUCUACCAUAAGGGAAUCAACGGUAACCACCUAUGCAUUGUCACGGAACCACUGGGGGAAACUUUGGACGACUAUACCUUUCGUCAAAAACCUAUACGCCGGCUAUGUGAAUCUGAGUGUCGCCAAUUUAGUCGGCAAUUACUACUUGCACUGGACUUUAUGCAUAAGUGCCAUGUUGUUCACGGAGAUUUGAGCAGUACAAAUAUCAUGUUUCCCCUACCUGAGUACUAUUCAUACGAUAAGCCUUGGAUUGGCAAGGUUACGAGACACAACGGGAAAUCACUAGAAUGUGGUGUUCCAACGCAUUUAGUUGCGAAUGCUACGACAUUUAUUGAGCAUGAAAAGAAAAGGGAGGCUCUAGAUUCUUUGUUUGUAAAGGUUGUGGACUUCUCUUCCUCGUUCUUUGACGACGAGUAUCCCCAUUCUGUGGCUGUUGCGGAACCCCUUACACCGCCCGAAAUGGUUUUUAAAAGACCCCUGUCCAAGGCAAUAGAUGUGUGGCAGCUUGCUUGCAUUACGUAUUGGGCUGCCACACGCCAGGAUAUUUUUGAACUUCUUAAUGAAGAUAAGCGUGCUCUUAUUCCACAGAUUUUCGAAUACAUCGGCCAGUCUACUGCUGAGUGGCUCCUUGGUGCUAUGAUCGAGGCCAUAGGGAACGGCAUGUGGAAAGCUAUCCCAAAGCCUUGUGUGUUUAGUUUUGGGAAGAAUACUUUGGAGGAUAUUGUGAGACGUGUGGUGUAUUGGCCCGACAAGCUACCUAACAUCAAAGUGAAAGAGGCAGAGGAAAUCCUAAGGAAGAAUAGUGCGUCCAACAGCUGA